AUGCACUAUGUGGGCACCUUUAAGACUGGUGAAGUCUUUGAUUCGUCCCGGAAAGCUGGACAGCCCAUCGGAUUUCAAGUGGGCUUGGGACAGGUGAUCCGAGGAUGGGACGAAGGAGUAAUGCAAAUGAGCCUUGGUGAGAAAGCCAGACUGGACAUCACCUCCGACUUUGCGUGCGUUGCCGUGCUUGCAUUGAAGCUGUGCGCUUUGCAAACGCCUUUUCCACCACCUGAUGGACAGAAUGUGCGAAAAGUUCGCUUGGAGAUCAACAGCGAUGCAGACCUGAAAGGCUGCCAAUUUGUGCUUCACAAGAAGCCCAAUGAGUGGCUGAAGAAUGGCUCCACCAAUUUCCUCAUAGACUUUGCAAAGGUGGCAGAGAGCAGAUCCUUCCGUGAUUUGGUCACAGAAGCUGCGAAGCAACAACCCACAGCGAAGGCGUAUGGUCCGGCUGGACCCGAUCGGGCAUGGAAGUCUUCCAAGCGCCUGCCUUUGGUGCGAGCGGGCACGGACAAAUACGAGGUCUCCUUCAACAUUCCUGCAGCGGAGGUGGACACCUACAUCAUGUUUGCCUGCCGCAUGAAGUUGCAGAAACACAGUGAAAAAGGCGUCUAUGGGAUAGAUUUGAUGGUGACGGCGCACACCGAGAUGGAUGGAUCUGAGACGCUGGUUCAGCCAGACAUUGGAGGUCUGGGCUUUGUGCUGAAGACCAUGCAUGGUGAUACAUGGAUAAAGCCCACUGCCGAGCUGUGGAAGUCCACAGCCAGCUGCCGCUUGUGGAUUCGUUGGACGCUCUCGACCAUGGGCCGCGGAGGGUCUGCUGGGCAACAGAUCCGAGAUGAGAUCUUGGUGAUUAUGCACGCCCAUGACAUCAAGGAGAUCCAUGGGACCUACUAUGAACAGUGGCAUCAGAAGUUGCACAACAACACCACACCUGCGGACAUCGGCAUUUGCAGAGCCAUCAUUGCUUACCUCAGAAGUGGUGGCGAUAUGGGCACUUACUGGAAAGUGUUGGGAGAGCAUGGCAUCACAAAGGACCACCUUAGCUCCUACAGUCGACCGAUCACCACCGAACCCUACAUGGUUCAAACAGAUGUCGGCCGCCUCAUCGGUGACUUUGAGCGGUAUUUGGGAAUCCUUCGCAAUGUCCAUGAUGCUUUAGAUUUGCAGCUGGCCUUGGAUCAUGCCAAAGGCUGCCUUCCUGGCCAUGUGCAAGGAAAACUUCAGGACAUUUGCAACAUGGGUGGAACCGGUUUCGGCAGUCUUGAUGAAGGCCAUGGCAAAUUCAUGAAGAUCUCUUCAGCGCGAGAUGACCUUCUGGCAAUCCUCAACAACAAGGGAACUGAACCAGCAGUGAUCAAACAAUUGCUCGUCAUCGAUUACACCUUGGAGACGCAACAGAGCGUCUUGGUGCAGGGCCUGACAGCAGAAACACGCUUGCCACAGCUUUGCGAGCAGCUUCGGGCCUUGUUGACAGCGCUGGUUGGGCAUUUGCCACAGGAAGAUGAAUUGCAAGCGCUCUUGGCCGAUUGGACCACGUUUUCCGAGAGUUGCUCCCACAAACGUUGGAACAGUCCAGAGGAGAGCGCACUCCUCCUGAAGGCACUAUGUGAUCGUACCAGCCGAGUUGUUGGAGAACUCAGCGACAAGUGCCAAACCUUGAUGGGUCCGAAAGCCGCCUUCUUGGGUGCUGCAAUAGAUGCGCCGAGGAAGAACAUUGACGUUUUUGUCGAUGAGGUUCUUCGUGGGACCUCUUUGAUGGCCGUCAGCCUCAUCUUGCAGCGGAUGGAGCCUGUACUCCGGGACAUCGCGCACUUGCCCCCGUGGCAAAUGAUUUCUCCCAUUGACAAGCCCAUUAAGGGUGUCUUGCAGCUGAUUGACAAGAUGACUGGAGUGCAGGGAGAAGUUUUCCACACACCGACGAUUCUUCUCAGCGGAGCUGUGAGUGGAGAGGAGGAGGUGCCCGAUGGCGUCCUCGGUGUUCUGGUCCGAAGUGCCAAGGAAGCACCGGAUAUUUUAUCCCAUUGCGCCGUCCGCGCGCGGAACUUUGGAGUCUUGCUUUGCACCUGUUUUGACCCCAAGAUUUCGGAAAAGCUUGCAGCGGACUUUGCCAACAAAUGGAUUGAAGUCAGGUGUAAAGCAGAUGGGUCUUUGGUGGUGGCCGCUUGUGAGAAGCCGGCCACGUUGGAGGCCACACAAGCGGCGGCCGAGGCUGAGCAGGCCAAGGCUGCCCAAGCUGAAGUAAAGAUGAACCUCACUGAUGACCUCAGCUGCUCAUGGAUCCUUGUCAAGACAUCUGUGGGUUCCAAGAGUUUGAACCUGGCGUUGCUUCGACCCAAACUCCCAGCUGAGAUCUUUACGCCACAGGCAGUUGCUUUGCCCUAUGGAACGAUGCAGAAGUCGCUGACAGAUGAUGCCAACAAACAAGUGUUGCCUAUGCUACAGAAGGUCCUGAACCGGUUACAGCCGCAUACUUCCAAUGAAGAUGCACAAGUUAUCUUCGAAGAGGCUCAACAGAUUAUCGAGUCGAUGAAGUUCCCAAAGGCACUAAAGGAGGCCAUGCACAAGGCCAUGGGAGAGGUGGGUGCCAAAGAUGGAGAGGAGCGCCUUACCAAAUUGUUCCAUGAACGAGAUGCUUGGACCGCCGUGAAGGGCGUUUGGUCGUCUUUAUUCGCAUUGCGGCCAUGGGUGUCCUUAGCAAAGGCUGGAAGAAGUUUCCAUGAUCUGAAUAUGGCGGUACUUGUUCAGGAGCUUGUGGAAGCCAAAUAUGCCUUUGUGCUCCACACGAUCAAUCCUUUCACUAAGGACAAAGAUGAACUUUAUGGAGAGCUUGUGGCUGGAAGAGGGGAGACCUUGGUUGGGAAUUUCCCGGGACGGGCCUUGAGCUUUGCUGUGCGCAAGGGCGGCGAGCCUCGCGUCAUUUCUUUCCCCAGCAAAAGCGUGGCCUUACAUACCCAACAUUGUCUCAUUUUCCGCUCAGACAGCAAUGGGGAAGACCUUGAAGGUUUUGCUGGUGCUGGUCUCUUUGAAUCGGUUUGUGCAGAAGAGGAGAUGUGAUUGCUAAGUCAAAUGAGAGCUACUUUGAUUAAUUGAGGUGCCUUCCGCAAAAAGUUGAAUCCUUGCAAAACUGUGCAGGUUGCAACCCUGUGGAGUUGAUAUUGUCCUGCAGAUCUCAAUGAUGAACCUCAUCACCUUGUGUAUUGUUUUUGAUCGUCAUGAUUCAUUAUGAUUGGUAGCCAACUUUGACAGGACAAGGAAGGCUUCCAAAGACUGCAUCGUUGCUUGAUCGGAAUUCGGGCACACUCAAGACCAUCACACGUAGGCGG